GGCUUACAGCUGGACCUGGUUUUUUAAAAGUAAGUCCAGUUCCUGUUUUUUCUUAGGUGUAUGCAUUGGAGAAGAGUCAUGUCUUAGUGCUAGAUAAUCUGCCUUGCAAGCAGGUAGGGGCAGGAGAGACUCCUGUCUGAAACCCUGGAGAGCUGUUGCCAGCCAGUGUCCACAAUACUCAGCUAGGUGGACCCGGGAGAGCUUCCUAUAUUCCUAGGUUCUUCCUACGCUGUUACUGUGUGCCUAAUCCCAUGAUUUUCCUUGCCAAUUUAAGUUGAAGGCAGGGUGUUCUCUGAAUUGGGGGGGGGGGUCUCAGUGCAUAUGGUGCUAGGCCAGUGAACCCAAUAGCCAAUGUCCAGUUCCCAUAGGGUCACUUGGGCAGCAGCUGGGGUUGGAAUUCCUGCAAAGAAUACCCACCUCAGCAAAUGGACACACUUUUUACCUUCCAGCAGCACACUUUUUACUUUCUCAUAAAAUAAGGCAUGUUCUGCAUAAUUUAAGGCAGAUAACCUGGAUACUGCACACCAUAACAUUUCAAAGCGCAUAAUCCUGGGAGUUGUAGUUUGCUAAAGGUGAUGGGAAUUGUAGCUCUUGGAGGGGCAAAGUGCAGUUCCCAAGAUUCUUUGGGGAGGAAUAAUGUGCUUUAAAUGUUUGGUGUGAACACAGCCAAAGUGUGGAGCAACCACCCCUUGCUUUGUAAAAUUAAAUCCCACCAUGGGGAUUCAAACAAGAGAGUGAGUGGGUAGGUCACAGAAGACCGAUACCAGCCCACCCCAUCUCUAAAUCAAAUUUUUGCACUGGGGUAACCAAGAUACUUUUUCCGAUACCAGUGUUUGUGAGGCACCUUGUGCCCCUUAAAAGCUUAAUUUUAAGCAAGCCAAGAGCCAAAUCUAAUAAAAAGCUUUACAAUGUUUUACAAGGAUCAAGACUUCAUCCAAGCCAUAGGUGUGGCUCCUGGAAAAAAGCUUCCCCCCAGUACCAGGGUUGGAGCGGCCUUUUUAAAUCCUGAGAAUGUUCCCAUGCUUUUAACAUCUGUAUUCAGGCUGAAAUUCAGAAGCUGUAGCUUUCCUAGUUCAGAGUUCAAUGCUUGCAAACGUUUUACAGAACUGAAAUGAACUUUUCCACAACUUCAAAACGUUGGCUACAUUUUUGGAUCAAGGACUGACCUUCUCAAUUCCAGACAUUUUGAAAUAUACUUGUAAAUUCCCCCUCCUUUUCUCUGUUUUUUUUUUAAUCCCUAAAUCUAUCAGCAUCCAAUUUUGAAGCAGGGGAACCCUUGAAGAAUAGGAUAAAAAUUAAAAUUUCUUCAACAAAUGCAUGCUAAACGAAUUUGUUCCUCCCAUAAAAUUAAUUUCAGCUGUAACAAUAAAUUUUGGUCUGUCAUGCAGCCUUACCUGUAACUUAGUUCUGGAAUAUGUGGAAGAGUUGCCUUUGAGUAUGCAUGGUGCCCCAGAACCCAGACCUAAACAUCUGGGAUUUGUAAUUCAGAGUUUUAUCUCUAGGUCUAAAGGUGUGGAGUUCAAAACGGAUUGAGAUUCUUAAAGGCAUUUGUUUAAUCUUCUCUCUCUAUGUGUGUGUUAAUUAGUGUACAAUUGUGUUUGCCUUGAUGUUCCACCAGUAAACUAUAAAACAACCACAAAAGACAAUGAGAAGCAAGUACAAGGCUGGCUUUUAAUAACGCUUUUAUUAAAAAGAAAAAAUAUUUUCCGGAGCUCCAUGAAGUGUGAUGCCAUCAUGUCACACAAUCUGGUUUUAGAAGCUAUUGCAUCCCAUGGCACUCGCCUAAUAAAUGUAAACCACCUGUGACUCUCUUGUUGUCACAGUUUGGAAAUUGUACACUUAGUGCAAUCUUAUAAAGAUUUUCUCAGAAGUGUUCAGUGGGCCUUACUGUCCAAUAAGUAGGUUUGGGACUUUUGCCUAAAAGCUGUACUGACUUGCAAAGAGUUUGGUGGUGGUAGUAGUAGUAGUAGUAGAAGAAGGAGAAGAAGGAGAAGGAGGAGGAGGAGGAGGAGGAGUUUGGAUUUGAUAUCCCGCUUUAUUGCUACCCUAAGGAGUCUCAAAGCGGCUAACAUUCUCCUUUCCCUUCCUCCCCCACAACAAACACUCUGUGAGGUGAGUGAGGCUGAGAGACUUCAGAGAAGUGUGACUAGCCCAAGGUCACCCAGCAGCUGCAUGUGGAGGAGCAGGGAAUCGAACCUGGUUCACCAGAUUACACCACACUGGCUCUGGUAGGGUUCUGGACAGUGUUACUGCAGGCUGCAGGGAGAGGAAGCUCUAUUUUUGACUGCCCCACCCUGCAUAGACCUUCUUGCAUGUGAUAAAUAAGAGCACCAGGGAGAAGUGGUGCUUCUUUCUCAGUAAUGUGUCUAGAACAGGUUAGAAGCUAUGGCUCUAAACACUAAAGGGGAACCUGCACCUCCACAGAUGUUCCUAUAUUUGCCAGGUAUGAAAUUGCUGUUGGAGAAAUGGAUUCUGGUUUUGAAGUGUUUUGAUCUGGGCCUUAAUUUCAGUCUAGACCUGUAAGUCGGUUUCCUCCAAAGAAUCCUUGGAACUGUAAUUUGUUAAGGGUGCUGGGAGUUGUAGCUACAGUUCACACGAUUCUUUGGGGGAAGCCAUGUGCUUGAAAUGCACGCUAUGGAUGUGGCUCCAGCUGAGAUGGCCCGCUUGCAUAGGUGCAGUGCAGCUUAUUGGAUUCCACGUACAAUGUGGCCCCUGUGCCCCUUAAAUGGUAGCAUGGAGGGGAGCUGAGUGCCUUCCUUUGGAAAUCCUGAGAAGCCUGACGAAAUCUGGAGAUCAUCAGACCUUGAGAACUAGUCACCCUAGAGUCAACUCAGGAAUGGCAGUGAGUGUGUUCAUAUGCUGUUAUCCCCCAGAACUGGGGGGGAAACAGAGUGUACACGAACACAAAAAAAAAGGAAGGAAGAGGAGGUCAUUCUUCUUCAAAUCUUUCCUUCUGUAUUUUAGAUGUGUGAUGUGCAUUCAACUUUAGUGUGCUGCCUGAAUCCAGAAUCAUGACUUAAGUUCUCUACUCCUAAAUUACAAUCUGCAACAACUGACCCUGAUUCUGGGUUCAGACGACCCGCUCGCUUUGCCAAGCCUUGGCUUAGCCAUCACACGUCACUGAGCUUAAAAGCUCAGGAAGGAGCAAAGCAAGUGCAAACUCCUCCUUGGGAACCAGCACAUUUACACCAAGCCAAAGUUUGGUUUAGCAUUACGUGCAAGCACAAACACAGUCGACUUGAAGUCAUCCUCUACCUGUAAGGCUGUCUGGUCUGGAUAUAGGCUAAACGGAAGAACUGAACCAAGGGAGAGCAGCAGGGCUUGGAAGCUGCCCGUCCACAGUUAGCCCUAGGGAGCAGAGUAAGGUGGACAGCAUGAGUCACCUGGGCACAGUCUUCCUUGCUAUGAUGAGAUGGACUGUAUUUUGAUAUAAAUUAUACUAAUUAUUUAUACGUUUGCAUUGAUACAAUUAGUAUAUGCGAAUUUUAUGAAAAUGCUUCCUUGCUCCUUUUUCCUUGUUUCCUCUUUCCUUAUUUUUGCAAUGUAUUAUAGUCACCCGAACACAGGUUCAUCACAUGACCAGGUGGGGGCAAUACGGACACCCCCCCCUCUUCCAUUCUCCUUCUGGUUGCCAUCUGAAAAGCCUUUUUCAUUUUAUUUAUAUAUCCUGCCCUUCUGUUUUACAAAACCUUUAAGGAAGCUUAUAAUAAUUGUGAGGUAAUGAUAGAAGAAUCUUUUUUUUAAUAAAAAAAAACCAACAUGACUAAAAAUCUGCACUUUUAGGAAAGUUAAGAAGUCUGAACCAAGUAAAAGAUCUUCAUAUGGUGUCAAAGGGCAGAAGAGUACGGUCCAUAAAUGGAGUGCCCAUCACUGCAAAGGCCCUUCCCUGGUCACCACCCCCUGCUUGUCUUCUGAAGGGCCUCAGGGGACCAUGGCCAUUUCUUGGCUUAAUAAAACAUGCUGGCAUGUGAGCAGAGUGCACACAGCCCUGAUCACUCCUGGAAGUGAGUGGGUGUGAGUGGGUAAGCAAACCAGGAAGGAAAUGACCUAGUGCUAAAGCCAAAUCUGGAACCAUGGUUUGUUGCUCCCUCACAGACCAUGUGAUCUGUAAGCCAACAACAAACCAUGGUUUCAGACUACCUGGUGCUUGUGAAUCAUUAUGGUGAAAUGAACCGCAACCUUGAGUUUAGUGGACAUGAUGCUAGCUGAGUGAUCCUCUUCUUAGUGUGUCAGCAAACACAGUAUGCCUUAUUAAUCCUAUAGCCUUGACUUACUGUUCUGUGUGAAUGCAGCCAUUCCUAACCAUGCAUGUUUGAGUGGGAGCUAAUGCUCUUUCCCUCACAUAGAUAGAUAGAUAGAUGAUAGAUACCGGUAGAUAUUCUUAAGAGAAGGUGGGCUUUGUUUUUAACCGUAACUUGGUUGGCACAGUGCUUUCUUCCCAAGCAGGGAGAAAGGGCCACCUUGUCUGUGUUGCAAAACUGUGGGUUUUCCCACCCUGACCCCACCCGCUUCAAUCUCCCCCUUUUAGUCUGACAGCUACACAAAAGAGAACAAGCUUGUAAAAGAAAGAAGAAGAAAGUUUGUUUAACCACGCAGAAUUGCCCACAGACAGAGAAGUCAAGGAUAGCAUGACAAAUAUUGCAAAGUGAGUGGGUGGGGUAGGAGGGUGGGAUCGCUGCUUAGAGAGGAUUUGGGGGCAUUUAAAAAAGGGUGAGGUGCUAUAUUGGGGGUCAGGGGAGCAGGGAACCACAACCUGUCACAGAGUACCUUCCCACUUACAUCAUUCGGCCCCACAACACACAGACGUGGAGAGUUUUGUUAUUCACAUUUGGAAUUAAUGCAGAGAGUUUGCAACUCUGGGCCUCUUGGAAGAACUUUUUAAGGUGUGUAUGUUGGGGGGGACGGACUCCUGCACAUCUUAUUCUAUAUUAACGUUUUGUUGAAAGGUAGUACAGUAUAUAAAUAUUCUACAUAAAUAGGAAUAAUGUAACCAGUGGAAGCUGGUACCUGUUGGGAUUGUUUGGGCUGGGAGGUAGAGCCAGAGUCCCCACUGGACUGGUGUUAAGUACGGGGGCAAGCAGACGGGGGCUGGUGGGACAGCACCUCCCUCACCCUAGUGGACCAGACCAGCCCACACUGAAUGUAACAAUCCAGAGUAGAGCCUAGCUGUUCAAUAAGGCCACAUCACCAGGGAUGAUGGUGGUGGCCUUUGCAGGGCUGGAGGGAUGUCAGGAGGAAGCUGACUGGGCAAAUAGGGAAAGAGAGGAAAAAAUGCUCUACCCUCUGUGAGACCAUUAAGUCCCGAGUCUUAUUGGUACAGAUUGGCACAGUGAAGUGUUCCUCGCCCCGCUGCCUUUCAAGUCGCUUUCUCACACCAGAGAAGGGCAUGUCUCCACCCAAUGCACAUUGCUCGAUUUCCUGCGCUGAACUCCUGUUCAAUGAAGCUGCCCGCUGGGCCAUGGGCAUGGGCUGGAAUGUACACACCUCAAGCUGAACUGCAGCUGCUGUUCUCAAACUGGAUGGAAGCUGGUUUGAGGGAAGGCAGUAUUUCCCCAAUAAACCACAGGGUAUCUGUGGAUUGUGGCAACGCCAUGUGUUCUCUGCUUCCAACACCAGUGGUGAGGGCGCACCACAGCUGCAGUAAAAAUGGCAAUCUGUACACAGCUUAAAUUGCUGAACCAGAUCACUGCGUCUGCAAGGCACUUGCAAACCUACACAUGUCUCCUCUCAUCCUGUGCGUGUGUCCUGAUCCUUGUGCGCACCUACCCCACAAAGUUCAGUGGUUCUACGCUCCUGAGAAUGUCGUAGCUGGGAGCAAAUUGCUUAUGCACAUUAGUUCAUGCUGUAACUGUGGGGAGAUGCUGAGCAUGCAUGCAUUGCUUUGUCAGCUUAAGAUACAGCGGCAGACCGUGGGGAGCCUAAUUAAAAAAUAAAUAAAGGAGAAGGGAAGUCCAGGCAAAGCUUGGAGAGAGCCCAUCCCUGGGCUGAAUAGCCCUGCUGCUGAUUCUCUGCCCUCCCCCUUACUCCUUUUCAUGUGAAUAUUUUGGAUUCAGUCUGGCUGAAGGUUCUUGUCUGAACAGGAUUAAGCAGAGUUGAUGGUGGUGAAACCUGAGUCAUCCUAACGUGUGCUCCUUGGAGACAGUGGGGCGGCACUGAAGGGGAGGGAGGGCUGCGUGAGAAAAUUUAAAGACAACGAAACUUCCACUAAAAAAAAAGCAUGAAAAAAAACCACCUGUUGGUGUUUUUAUGCAGUGGGUGAAACUGAUGAGCAUUAGUGCCAUCAUGUCCCGUUGGGAGAGGCUGGUGGGGAAGGGGCAGGUUUGUUUGCUCAAGAAUGGGGGGACGUAAGCUUUUGCUCUUAGGCACUUCGGCUUGGAUUUCCCUCCUCCUUUCUUCUGAUAGCCAUACUUAGGGAAAGGGGAAGCAAAAUUCUGGAAAGAAUAAUAGAAGGGAACCCCAAGGGCCAUCUAGUCCAACGUUACAUUUUUGCUGCCAUAGUGAAAGCAUAAAAGCAAAUAGAUUUUUUUUAAAAAAAACAUAUUGCUGAGUAUGCACAUCCACAUGCCUGCUGUGGCCCUAUAGUUGCCAACUUCUCUUCUUUUCUUACAGGCCUCUGCUCUUCUGCUUUUAAACAACAGCUUCACUUGCAGAUAAAAUCUAGUGAUCAUUGUCACCUCCAAGUUGUAAAUAAUUUUUUUUUGCAGGCAGAGCUGCUCUGAAAGGCACAGGAUCAUCCCAGGCUGCAACUGCUGCUGCUGCUGUUUUUCCCAGUCACUUGACAGUGCUUAGUGGUCCUUGUUGAUUAGAUGCUCAGAAAUAGUUAGAUGAUGCUGGCUGAUAACCACGGAGAUGGUUUUCUGUUGCCUGUGAUGACUUGGUUGCUUGAGCCACCUGGGUUUCUUUGGCCUGGGGCUCUUCGAACUUGGUGCCUCCUAGUAUUUCCUCUCGUUGCAUUCUCUUCAGCUGUUUGGUGAUUCUAAUGGCCAGGCUAUAUCCAUCAUACAUAGUGUAGGUGGGGCAGGCGAGCUGUUUUCUCACUAGAUCUCUGCCUGUGCAGGGAUGGUGUUAACGAUCAGGCCCUCCACAUGUUGCUGGACCAAUUCCCAUCAGUCCCAGACAGCAUGGGCGGUAGUCAGGGAUGAGGGGAACUUAAAUCCAUCCAAGGUCUGGCAAGCCAGGGCUUCUCCACUCCUGAUUCUGGCUGAACCACUGGUAUUCCCACCCACCCCCCAACCCUAGCAAGUUGGCUGUCAGGCUUUAUGAAAGGCCAUAGGGCCUUUCCCAGCAAGAUGAUGAACUGAUAAGCUAAGCAAGCAGUGAGAGUAUCCCCAUUCCAAGAAGGCCACAUUAGGCCUUAGUGAUUCCUAAGGGCCACUGUGGCUAUAAGCAUUCCAACUGGCUCUCUUUCCCCCCAUGAGGUAAAUUCAUUGUGUUGUAUCCAAGUAAGUUCCACUCAGAAUAAACCUGCUGAAAUUUAUGGACCUACAUUGGACCACAUCUGCACUUAUACACUUAAAGCAGCAUAAUAGUACUUUAAAAAGUCAUGGCUUCCCCCAAAGAAUCCUGGGAGUUGUCGCUUGUGAACAGUGCUGAGAGCAUAACCGCCAACAUUUCUCCAAUGAAAAUAGGGACGCCCCAUUCUAUAUUGAUAAUUUUACUAUUUAUACCCCACACAUUUAACUGGGUUGCCCCAGCCACUCUGGGCAGCUUCCAACAUAUAUACAAACAUAAUAAAACAUUAAACAUUUUUUAAAAAAACCUUCCCUAUAUAGGAUUGUCUUCAGACGGCUCGGGGGUCAGAUAACGCCAUACCCUCCAACAUUUCUCCAGUGAAAAUAGGAGACAUCCUAAGGACAUUCUGGGAUCAAAUCAGAAACUGGGAUGGCUUCUCUAAAUCAGGGACAUUCCUGGAAAAUGGGGACACUUGGAGGGUCUGUGAGAGUUGUUAGGGGAUUCCUAUUCCCUUUACAGAGCCACAAUUUUCAGAGUUCUUUAGAAAGAGGGAUUGAUUGUUAAGCCACUCUGACAAUUGUGGCUCUUUGAGGGGUAUACAAGGUUUCCUCACAACCCUCAGUCCCCUUAACAAACUACAGUUCCCAGUAUUCUUUGGUGGAACCUUGACUAUUUAAAGUGGCGUGAUACUGCUUUAAAUAUAAAGCACAAAUGGGGUCUUGGUCAUGUCCAUUAAUUUCAAUGGCUCUACUCUAAGUAGGGCUAAUAUUGGAGACAACUCAUAGAAAAGAAAAGGAAGGAACUGGAUGAGCUCCUUGGAGGGGAAAUAUGCCUUGAACUAGCGGGAAAAUAAACCUCCCCACAUAUAGAAGCUCUUUCCUUUGCAGACGUAGCCCAGAUUUUAGGGUUUUGCAAGCUCUCACAAAAAGGUGGCUCCUGGGCUGGUGGGUGACUCAUCCCAGCCAGUGGCAUCAAACUAGACUUGACUUAAAAUGCCCGUCCACUGUUCAAGACUGUUAUUAGCCAGUAAGUAAUAGUUGCUGUUUGAUUCUGGGACUGUGGAGUCAACAAUGAUCUGAGAAAAACUUCUGCCCCUGAGGCGAUGGUGCCUCUGAAAAGUGCGCUAGUGCCCAAGGGUGGGGCUUAGGAAGGAUUUAUUUGGCUCUGUCCCCUCUGGCAACGGAGCUCUUUAUUUGUUCUGAUUGUCCUCUUCUCCAUUAGCUCCUCUGAAAAGAAAAGCUCCAAGGAGGAGGUUCUCUUCCCCAUGUUUAUCAGGGGCGGGAGGUGAGGUAAAUGUGAGAGCCUCAAGAUCUGUGGCUCUGUUUGAAUCUGGGUCUCCCAAACCCAACACUCUAUUCACUACUAGACCCUUUAAAGUAGUGGCUUUCCCCAAAGAACACAGGGACGCAGGUGGCGCUGUGGGGUAAACCACAGAGCCUAGGACUUGCCGAUCAGAAGGUCGGCGGUUCGAAUCCCCGCGAUGGGGUGAGCUCCCGUUGCUCGGUCCCUGCUCCUGCCAACCUAGCAGUUCGAAAGCACGUCAAAGUGCAAGUAGAUAAAUAGGUACCGCUCCGGCGGGAAGGUAAACGGCAUUUCCGUGCGCUGCUCUGGUUCGCCAGAAGCGGCUUAGUCAUGCUGGCCACAUGACCCGGAAGCUGUACGCCGGCUCCCUCGACCAAUAAAGCGAGAUGAGCGCCCCAAUCCCAGAGUCGGUCACGACUGGACCUAAUGCUCAGGGGUCCCUUUACCCUUUACCUUUAAGGGUGCUGAGAGUUGUUAGGAGACCUCUAUUUACUGUAAUUGCUGCCUGACGCACUGCACCUCUCUCCUACACAGAUAUUACAAGCCCCUUUACAUUUGGGCUGCUUAUGCCCUCCCAAAAACACAUUCCAUAACUUACUUUUGGGGAGCACUAAAGGCUUAAAAGAAAGAAAGAAAGACAGCUCAGAGUCCAGAGAACCUGCUGGAAGCACCAGUAAAAGUCUUCAUGGGCCCCAUGGCACCAGCCACAGGAAGCGAGAGGGCAACCCCUGACUAUACAUCUAGCUACAACAUUAUUGGGCAGGUGUGCGUACACCCCAUUGCUGGGACUGCUGACUUCUAUUUUCAAAUGGACACACUGCAGAAUAAUAUAGAUUGAGCAUUUAUUUUCAGAAUAAAACCAGUUUGUUAGGGGCAAAAAAUAUGCAAUAGAUCUAGAUUGUGUGUGGACUAUGUUGGGGGGGAAACAAGUACUCAAGCUUCCAUUGAUUCCAGAAUAAAAUGUGUGUUCACAGCUUCGAUGCUGGGCUUCUCCUCACACUUGGUUAGCCCUUCAUCAGCUGUUCCACAUGGAACUGAAUUUCAUUUGUAUGUUAAAACAUUUCUGUGCAGUCUUUCUGUUCGCAAAGAGACAGCUAGCGCAUUUCAUCUUCUUGGACAGAUUUCAAAGUCUAAACAUGAUUGUUGUUCAGAGAUGUGUGUUUACUUAAUACCUUCUGAUUUUGGAGUUGCCUUGGUCCCAUCCCAUGCCUUUGGGGUGGGAUGUAAAUCCCAGAAACCGAAAUAUCAGCAGAACAUUUAGGCAACUAAAGUCAAAAGGGUAACAAGCCCAGAUGUGUUGGGUUACUCUGUUCUCAUGAAUCCCUCUCCCCCUUCCCUGUAUUUCAUAAUAUUCCCGAGGAGCUGUUCCAGGGUUUUGUUCAUAGUUAAUAUGAUUAAUCCUGAAAACGUCAUGCUGCGCAAUCUAUAUAAUCAUAACUCCAAUGCAAAUAUAGAGGAUGCAAAUAAGCUUGAGAGGGAGAGAGAUUGUCAGAGCUGAGCCAUAGGUUAUUGAGUGGGAACCAGAAACUAGGGGACAGGACCAGAGGACAAGCCAAGCAUCAACCAAAACCUACCAUUGCCCAAGUAAAAUCUCAGCCUGAACAGGAAGCAUUGGAGCAGGCGUGGGAAACCUUUCUCAGCCUGAGGGCCACAUUCCUUUCUGAGCAACCAUCCCAAGGGCCACAUAUCGGGUGGGUGGAGCCAGAGGCAAAGUGGGUGGAGCAACAAAUGUAAAUGUGAUCUUGGUACAGUAGGCUGCUGUCUCCCAUCCACACCAUACACUUAAAACGCAUUAUUUCCUUCCAGAAAUCCCGGGAACUGAGCUACAAUUCCCAGCACCCUUAACAAACUAGAGUUGCCACAAUUCUUUGUGGGGUGGGGGGAGCCAGGUGCUUUAAAUGGGUAGACGCACAGAGAGACAGAUCUGGGAUGAAAACCCAGUGGAACAUUGACUUUUAUAAUUUUCUAUUUUAAAAAAUUAUUACACUGUACCAUCCCACGCUCUUCGCUUUUCUUUUAAAAACACUCUCAAUUCACAAAAUAAUCCUCAAAGGGCAUAAUCUACUGGGACGUUGCCAUGACUGGCUUCCAAAUUGUUUCUGGGCACAAUUCAAGGUUCUGGUUUUAGCCUAUCCAACCCUAUAUAGAUUAUGUCCAGGAUGCCAGAAAGAUAGCUUGCUCUCAUAUGGUCCACCAUUAACCUCUGGGUACCCUAGUCUUUAGCAGUUAAGUGGACAGCAACUGGAGAAAGGGUGUUACCAUCAAGAAGUCCCCAACUGUGAAAUAUUCUCUGUAGAGAACCUUUGCUUCAUUAGCUUCCAUGCUGUCAGAUUUCUUCCUUGAUUUCCCCAGGUUUGUAGUGAAAGAUAUAGUAUUGCUGGUCUUGUUCCUGCUCCUCCUGUCACAGAUGGUUUUAUUGUUGGCCUACUCUUUUUUUAAUUAUUGUUAUUGUUCUGUUUUGUUUCAAAUUGCUUACAUUUGUUGUUGUUGUGAAAGAUAGGGUAGAAACAUGCUAAUUGAUUCAGGGCUUGGCUCCGGAGCUAGGGCUGGACUCUAUGAAAAAUAUGAAGUAGGAGUAAUCAUGGGUUUACCUGUUUAUAGUAAAAAAACAAGGAACCCGCCCUUCCGUCCAAUUUAAACUCAAUUAGGGCAGCUCAGAAUUAUAAAAUAAAACGAUGACAACACAACAAAUUACCAUAAUCUUUGGCUGGGAAGAAAGACAAAAAACAGGGAUAAGAAGUUUCCUCCUUUCACUGAUACAAUCAGGUUUUUGUCUCUCACCCCCAGCAUGUGCAAAUGUUUUGCAAAAGGAGAGGAAAAUAUGAAAUUGCACCCUUUUUUAGCUUCCCCAGGAAACAUGCUAGAAAUAAACCAUCUGCUUUGUCUUCCCACCCAGUUUUAGGUCUGUGCGCUUUCUGAAGAAUGACGGGAUGGGCUUCCAGAAAUACCCCUAUGCGAAUGAAGACGAGGCUUGGAAGAGCUAUCUGGAGAACCCUCUGACAGCAGCCACCAAGGCUAUGAUGAGGGUUAAUGGAGAUGACGACAGCGUGGCUGCCCUGAGUCUCCUAUAUGACUAUUACAUGGUAUGAAAAGCGGCCAGCGUGACUCAAGGCCCCGAAAAUGACAUUUCCUGCCGUCUUCCCCCACCCACACCUAACCAUGUGAUGGCUGGGGCUGGUAUAGAAUCAUAGAAUUGCAGAACUGGAAGGGAACCCUGAGGAUCAUCUAGUCCAACCCCUUGCAAUGCAGAAAUAUGCCGCUUUCCCAUAUGGGGAUUGAACCUGCAACAUUGCCGUUGUCAGAACCACGCUCUAACCUACUGAGCUAUCCCCAUUAGCAGUUGUAGUACAAAACAUCUGAAAGGCACCAGUUUGGAGGAAGGCUGGUUUAAGUGCUUCACAGGGAAAAGGCCUGUAAACAUGACCAGGUUCCUUCAGGUUGAGUAUUCUUGGCCUGUGAUAACUUUGCGGUCCUUACCACACCCCACCAAGCAGUAACAAGAACUUCACCACAGAUCAGGUGGCGAUGGUAGUUGUCUAUAAUCACUCUGUUUGGGUCACAGCCACACUAUACCUGUAAAGCACAUGGCUUAGAAUCAUAGAAUUUAGUCCAUCUAGUCCAACCCUCUGCAAUGCAGGAAUCUCAGCUAAAGCAUCUGCGACAGAUGGCUGCCCAACCUCUGCUUAAAAACCUCCAAGGAAGGAGAGUCCACAACCUCUCGUGGGAGUCUGUUCCACUGCCAAACAGCUCUUACUGUCAAAGUUUUUCCAAACGUUUAUAAAAAUCUUGGAACUGCAAUGUGUUUAGGGUGCAAUGUGUUUAGAGUUUUAAUUCUGUGAGGGGUAAACUUUUUCCUUGCAGAACUAUGGGACCACUUCUGUGGCAAAAAGCCCCCAGGACAACAGGAAAAGCUCAUAGGACCACACUUGUGGUGAAAAGCAGUGCAAAAGUUGCAUAAAUAAAUGCAAAAUUGCAAUUCCCAGGGUUCCCUGAGAAGAGGGAAUGACUGUUAAAACAGUGUUGAUAUGCUCUCUCAGAUGCCUGAGUCUCACAGAAGGAAGGAAUCCCAUUCCACGCUUCUGUGUCCACACAGAGAUUCUGCUCUGCAGCAGAAUUGCUAACAAUCACAUAUUGGCAACACAUUUGUUGUUCAUUGAGAAAGGAUGCUUUUCCUGGCAUGGAUGUGAGAGGCAGGAGAUGAUGAUGAUGAUGAUGAUGAUGAUAUUACUUCGUUUAAGAACUGCUUUCUAUGAAGCAUCUCAGAGCAAUUUCACAAUAUAAAGAUGUAUAUAAAACAGUCACCCUGGACCAUGGGAGAGGGGACGUACUGACACUAAGGAAAUGGGGAAAUUAAAGCAUAGUCAACCUAUUUUGACAGUAGCUAACCCAGAAGCGUCUCUCUCCCUACCUGUUAUUCAGGGAACAUUUCUGUUUUUUGUUAACUUGACAGGUUCCAAAGGAGAAGAGGAUCCUUCCAUCUGGGACAACGGGGCGCAACGAACUUGGGAAGAGGUGAGAGAGAAUCCUGCCCUGGGAGACUUCCAGAGUUUGCAAGUGCAGGGAGUCAGCUUGGCUUGUGACUAACUAGCUUUCAAAUACUGGCCCAGCAAAGGGUUAAAAACAUUAAAAAUGGGGGGAGGGGCAAGAGAGCCAGAGCCCAAGCUACUAUACCUUUAAAGCACAUCCCCUCAUUACAAGAAUCCUGGGAACUGUAGUUUGCCCUCACCAAGCUAUAAUUCCCAGCAAUCUUAACAAAUAUAGUUCCCAUAAUUCUUUGGGGUGCUUUAAAAUGUAUGGUUUCAUGCACGAGGCCAAAGACUCAGCCUCCGCAUGCCACUGCUACCCACCCAAAGUCACUCUGAAUGUUUUUGAAAUGGUAUACUGCUUCUGGAAGACAUCAAGGCCCUGACUUUGGCAUGUCUUAAGGGGGAGUGAAUUCCAUAGCUGGGGGACAGGAACUAAGAAUGCCUCUCUGGACAGCCUUCAAAGAUCUGAUCUUGGUGGAUAGAUGUUGUGAUUCAAGAGACUGUUCCUGGUUGAUCUUACAGGUUUGUGGUAGGUCAGUGUUGAAGGUGGCCAUGGGUAUUCUGGACCCAGGCUGCCAGCAGCACUUUUAAACAGAGCUGGCGCCGCAGACCCCGGAGCACUGUUUCAAGAAGUGUGGGGCUCCAGAAUAUGGUUCAGCAGGACCCCCUCCCUCCUCUCAAAUCCCCUUUAUUCUAGCCUGAGGGGGGAUUGAACUUCACCCAUGUCCCCCAUGGCUGAGGUAGCAAAGGACAGAGAGAACUAGGAGAGAGAGGCUCUCCGUGGCCUUUUUCUGCACUGAACGUGAAGGUGAUAAGCCUGCUUUUGUUUCAACUGCUUCCAAAUCGAGCAAUGUACUCCCUUUCAUCCUCCUUAGCUUCCGUGCUUUUCAGAUAACCCUCCCCGAAAUAAGUUAACAGUCGGUUGGCAUCUUCCAGUUUAGUCCCUCAAUUCCUGGACUCUGUGUACCCCUGAGCUAUGUGUUUUUACAUGCCUGUUUCUGAACCGUUGCAGCGGGGUCAUCGUGAAGCGUGGGUUCUGCCCAGUCCCACAAGGGCUGGGUGGGGAGCGGUUAGAUUUAACUCUUUUCCUUGCUUGGGAAUGAUGAACUUCCGUUGCCUGAAGAGCUGCCCGUGUUCUUUCCUUGUGCCUCAGGUGCAGAUGAGUGACCAAAUGGUCUUGCAUUGCUAAGUAUUCUUUUGUCUGGCUCCUCCUUCGCCUCUAGGCACUGCCACGGGAUGGAGUACGAACCCGAGAUUUCCUCCUUUGAAAACUCCACUCACAUCAUGAAGCUCCUGGCCGAAAAUGUUUCCAUGAACCAAGAGUAUCUUGAUGUGCCCAAGAAGAAUGGCUUAGGGAUGGAGGGCAUCCCCUCUCCUCACAAGCCGCCUGCCUUGCCCCCGGGCACCAGCAAGCUGGAAGCCAGUCCCGAGAACUAUAUGCUAACCUCGGGGGAUGUGUAUGACAACAGCUCGCUCAAUUCCCUCUUUGACGCGAUCCACGUGGCUCCACCGCAACAGAGGUGGCAACCGGACAGCACAUUCAAAGAAGACCCUCAGGAGGUCAGCACUGUGCCCAGAUGUCUGGGCUUGCCAAAACAUUUCUAGAACAAAACUCUGUGGUUUUGCCCAUCUCUGGGCAGGAUGUGACAUGUAUGGUAUAAAUGGGAGCAGCACAAAUUGCACUAAUUAAGCGAGCAGAGGGAGUGUCCCUUAUGUGCCAAGUUAGCCGUCACUGAGAUUCAACAGGAUGAAGUGGCUUGUUUUGUUGGAAGCACUUCUUAACAUUCCCUCCAUCAGCCCUUCUGCUUCCUGAAAUAAUCUUCUCUGCCUGUACGCAGGCUGGCCAUGUUGUCGGUCCUCUGUAGCUUAUUGCCGAAUUGCCACCUCCCUCCCUGCUGCUACAUCAGGGCUGGUCAAUCCACUGGACAUAUGCAAAGCAAAUGGUAGAUGAAAGGAGAAGAGGGAGACUUAUGCCAUGUCCAUCCCCAACAACCACUGUCUCUCCCAUUGUCUCCAUCUGCCACUAAUGAACACUACAGUCACAACUACACCAUACAUUUAAUGCAAUAUUAUACCACUUUAAUAGUCAUGACUCCCCGCCUCAAAGAAUCCUGGGAGCUACAGUUUGUCAAACGGUGCUGAGAGUUGUGAGGAGACUCCUCGCAUAACUAUAAUUCCCAGCACCCUUAAGCUUCAGUUUCCAGAUUCUUCAUGGAAGCCUAAACUCCUAAAGUGGUAAAAGAGAGCUUUAAAUGUACCACAAAUAUAUUGACAAUACUGCUGAAAAGUUGGCUAAGGGUGGGUGAAAAGGGGUCUGCCAUUCAAAGUUGUAGAGUUGACAGAGUGUCUUUCAAGGGUCCUGGGCUUCUGGGGAGGUGUGUGUGUGUGUGUGUGAAGCCACUUGCUAUGUCCCCUUUCACACGUCAGCUCCCAUGGCUCAGAUGUUUUGCUUCACAUCUAAAAUAGGAAGAGGAAGUGCAUUGUAGCUUCCUGUUAAUGCCUUACCUGAUCAGGAAGUGGUUUGGGAUGUGGUUCAUAAUGCAUUCAUUUGGCAUCAGCCUUCCCCGAGGUGGGAAAUGAGGGAUCCGAGAAGGCUAUGGGUCAUUGUAGGUACAGUACCUAUAACCCCUGACUAUUGGCUCUGCUGGUUGGGACCGAUGGGAGCUGUAGUCCAAAAUAUCUGGAAGGCACCAGGCUGGGGAAGGCUCUGCUUUAUAUAAUGAUCCUUCUCCACUUCCAUCAAACCCCUAGAAUUUCCUUGCAAGGCUAGUUGAAAAAAAUACCACUGAAGAGCUGGAUUCUUGAAUUCCCUCUCUCCUAUUCAGGGCCUGAUCCUAUGGCCUUUAGUAGGCUCAGUGGAUUAAGAGUAGCGGAUGGAUUCCAGCUGGGCAUGAUAACUUGUUUUUUUUAAUAUAUUAUUAUUAUUAUUAUUAUUAUUAGCCCUGCUUUUUGACAGCAGCCUAGCACUGCAGCAGAUGAAGCUUUUUCCUAGGACUUUUAGAAAACCCCCACCUGCUAAAUUAUUACAUGUGGAUAAAAAUGUUGGCGAGGCAUACGCCAGUUUUCAGAAAAUUCAGAACGAAUGUUUUGCCUUGAUUCCAAAUGGACCUGGAUGGUGUUUUUAUUUCCUUGAGUGAACUGGAAUACAAAAUAAUCCAUAUACAGCUGUCCUGAUUUUGUCUCUCCCUGCAGUCGUUGAUCUUCAAUGAUAUCCUGAAGUCCCAGACAGAUGCACCAUGUUCAGAGAGUUAUUCCGCCAAUGAUGCCAAGAGGUAACAGCAAAGGCUUUCUCAAAUAAUAUGAUCGAAAUGUGUUUCGCUGAAGAAAUGUUCCUAGUAAAUCGAGGUGGAAGUUUAAUGAGAGGGUUGUUCUGUCUCAUACACACACCUGUUGGCCACUGUCGCUGGUGAGAAGGGAGAAUAACUUUGCUUGCUUAAUCCGUGUGUUCCAUUUUAUUUUAUUUUAUUUUUAAAAUGGACCCCAUCCAGUCAUCUGCUGGACAAACACAUGAAUAAAUACAUAGGACUAUCCUGCCAGACACCUAGUUUGGCCUUCAGAUACUUCUGUCAAUUCACCAUUUGGGUGAAUAAGGCACUGUCCCACCUGCCUACCUUUUUAUACUUGCACCCAGUCCAGGGAGUCAUAGAAUCAUAGAGUUGUAGAGUUGGAAGGGACUCCUGAGGGUCAUCUAGUCCAACCCCCUGUGUCUUCCUCCUCCUCCUCAGUCUCAGUGUUGCCCUUGCAAAACUCACCAGGGAGGAAGAUGGGGCGGAAAAGAGAAUUAGUUGGCUCACCCUGCCAUGGGCUCCGGCUCCACUUCCUGUUGGCCUCUCUGCCUUCUGCCCUUACCAGUUCCAAUGUUCCCCAGCCGCCACUGGCUUCUUGUCUGUGUUUUGGUGUGUCUUGCAGAGUAAAAUAGUAUAAGUGGUUUAUUUAAUCUCUGCCUUCUCCCUCUCCCUCUUUUUUAAUUGCUCCAUUUAAGUGACUUUGAAUAUAUGUUGGGAUCCCCUAAAGCUAUUCACAUCAAAUCGGGUGACUCACCCAUGGCCUACCUCAACAAAGGACAGUUCUACCCAGUCACGCUGCGGACAGCUGCAGAAGCGAAAUGUUUACACCUGUCCUCUAAUAAAGUGAAGGUAAGUGAUGUGCCAAGGAAAGUUCCCAGCAAUAUGUCAUGUGGAACAGCUGAAGCAAUGGUGUUGGCGUUGGUUCCCCCCCCCCCCCCCCAGUUUUCUGAAGCCAGAGAUAUUACAGCCAAUCGCCAUGGAGGUUUCAGAAAUUAUAGCAUAUGCUUUAAAGUAGAGGUCAGGGAAGUGCUGAGGGCUGCAUUACCCAAGUGGAACUCACUAAACCCCACACAAGAAUGCGAAUAAUAUUGAUGCACAGACGAACUGCAAGCCUUUCCUGACAGUUAUUCAAAACCUCAAACAUCAAAACGCAAUUGCAUCCUGACAAUUGCAGUCAUACGGUUGCAAAAUGUAUGGGUGCCGUUUCCAUAUUUCCAAGGUACACCAAGCUUUUUCUUUGCUUGGACAUUUUGCUUUGGUUUUCCUGCUAUAGGUUCUGAAAAGGAAAGGAGUGGCAGUUGCAUACGUUAUACAACAGCAAAGCCCUUUUCCCUUUCAGCUGCUCCCCACUGUGUGGGAGGGGAUGCAUACCAGCCCAUGGGCUGGAACGCCUGUACUAAAGUGUUUCCCCAAGCUGGAUUUGAUUUUGCAAAUGAAUACAUAAGUUAAUACUAUAUAUACUACAGUAUUAUGUAUUGAACAGUAAUCUAAUUGGCUUUUUCCCUUUCUCCCAGAGUGUUGUGAUGGUGGUUUUUGACAAUGAAAAAAUUCCAGUGGAGCAGCUCAAGUUCUGGAAGCACUGGCAUUCACGUCAACCUACUGCUAAACAGAGAGUCAUCGAUGUCGGUAAGGAAUAGAGAUGCUUUCGGAUUUCUUGUCUAGGAGGGAAAGGAAACAGAUGCAGUGAAAAAAACCCUCCCUCUUUUAUUUCCAAGUGAAUGCAGUCCUUAUUAGCACUUAGGAUAUUAAAUUGAACUGGUUGCUGUUCUGAUUUAAAAGAAUAAGAAUAAGAAUUUAUUUUUUAUACCCUGCCCAGUGUUUACAGGGUUUUCAUCAUAAAGAUUCCUAGGAUAAAGGGGUGGCCUUGUGUGUGUACUUAGAAAAUCAUGAAGAAUAGCUUUCAGCUACCCAGUUUUAAUAGCAGACUUCUACAUCCCUUGUAAGCUCUGGAAAGUUGCAUGAGACACAGGGGUCUGCCACCAGAAGGAAAAACCAGCAAUUAUCUUCCUGGCCCCGGCCCCCGCCUAUAGAUCUGGAUCUUCACCUUAGAAUCCAGAAGGAGUUUAGGAGUGGUUUCCGGUAGCCUUGAAGGGUGGGGCAUAUCACACCUCUUUAAGAGUAUGGUUGUUACUUAAUUCAAAAGUUAUAAUUGGGCAAUUGAAGAGUAACUGCAUGUUUCAUGCCUUCCAGCUGACUGUAAAGAGAAUUUCAAUACUGUGCAGCAUAUUGAGGAGGUGGCUUACAACGCCUUGUCCUUCGUCUGGAACAUUGCUGAAGAAGCAAAGGUAUGAUCAGGCCCGUGCAAAACAUGUGGUCCCCCCUGUACCGCAAACCUACCUCCAUUUCAUACCUGUAGUUCAGCCACAUCUGGAGGACCACAUGUUCCCCAUUCCUGCUAUAGCAUUCCAACAUUAAACCAUGCUUCAAACUCACAGUCACUUUUCAUCAGCACCCUUUCAGCUAGGUGUGCUAACUCCUCUGCACACAUGGAGACUUCAGUUUGUACCCUUGUGUCUUUUAUGGUUUGUUCUGCUAUCAACUCCAGUCAAACAGGCAUUGCAGGGUUUGAAGUGCUACGGAAACCUGUGAACAGACACUGAGUUGAGACAGGUCUGCACACAAUAAGCAGGGGUGCCUCUGUUGUGCUACCUGCAGCUCUCUUUCGCGGGGGGACGACACUCUAUUUGUCUUCAAAGGUGAAACUGGGGGCCCCUCCAGACUAGUGUUUUAUUGCUGGUAUCUUCUGCAGUGUGUUCUGCCUUGACACAACAGUAGUGCCUCAGUGGUGGAUUUGUCCAGCUUCGCUUUGUUAUGUGUUGCUUCCCCAAGGGGCUGUAACACUACAAAAGUGAGACAAAAAUGAACCAGAACAUUCAUGGUAUGAAAAGUUGCAGGAUUUCAGCAAGAAGCUACAGGACGUGCACUAAUCAGAAACAAAGCAGUAUGUCCGCCCCAAAUCUUUUGCAUGUGCAAAUAAUACUGAAAGCCCGAUUGGAUAUAACCACCGCAAUAUCAACAUGAGCACAAACCAUUAUGAACCCACAAUAAAAGGGAUGUCUGGAGGGAUUUGGCUUGUCUAAAGCUUUCAUAAGAGUUCCUGCCCGAACUGAGAUUUAAACCAGUCACAUGUCCUGCUAUGUUCGUAGUUCUUUUAAGCACUACACCAGCAGCUGACUCCAAACUGUUAGCUGGGCUAUAGGGGGAAAGUUUCCUGCCACAACCCUGAGACUAUAAACUGCCAUUUAUUAGCCUGCAGAUUAAUAAGGCUCUGCAAGUUGUACUCUCCCAUAAACCCAGACCAGAUAUUCAAGGUAGCUUUAUGUUGCAAUAGGGAAUAAGGCCUCAACAUACCCACAACAGACAUGAACCGUGGUCUGUUGGUGCAAAGCAAUCUUGGGUUUGCAAUCCCAGGAAAAAAGCAAAACCAGGAGGUGGACUCUGUUUAGCUUGGUAGGUUACAGGUAGUGCUGGCUUGCAACAGAGUUAUGUUGCUCAGGACAGAUUGUGCAAGAGGGGUAAAUGAAAAACACUAGAUGAAUUUGCAGUGUGUACUCUACUCCAAAGUAAGUUCCACUGAGUUAAAUUUGGCUUACUCCCAAGUAAGUGGGCAUAGAAUUGCAGUCAUAGGAUAUCCUGAAUUUAAUAGGGCUUCUGAGUAGACAUGCAUAGUAAUCCUGCUGUUUAGUGACUCUGAAACCUGAUCAGUUGGUAGGUUUUUUUGCUCUGAAAUUUCAUUGGGUCACCUUUCUUUUUAGCCUAAAGGUAGCCAUGGUCUUAAAAAAAAACAAAAACAAAAGCCUAAAAACUGAGAGGUUAUAAGCCAUCUUCAAAGCAUCUUCUUCCUCUUCACUCUCCCUCCAUGGAAAUAUUCCAAGCAUGUGAUAGUCAUCUGGGGCACUUAGGUUAGAUGUAACUUACCAGAAACCUUGUUCCCCUUUCUGCCCAGGGGGCUGUUGAAGGCUGAGGCUUCAGAGACUUAAAAUACCUGGGAGUUGCUGUUGAAGGCCUUUUCCUGCAUCUGCCACCUGUCUCUGAAUCUACCAGCCUCUAAAUAGUGGAGCCAGGCUCAUUAUUUUCUAUAUGCAAGGUUUAGCUGUGCUUAACUUUGGACCAGAAGAUUGUCGGCAGCAGCACCCCAGGGUUGCAGCCUCCCAUCCCUACUUGGAGAUGGGCAGGGGUUGAAUCAGGUGCCUUCCGCAUGCAAAGCAGAUGUCCGACCAUUGAGCUACAAGCUUCUUGGAAUUCGCUGUAUCUUUCAGAGCAGUGCUUUGACUGCCACUGCAUCCUGACUCUAUGCAUUCUUCUUGCAGGUGUUUAUCGGCGUGAACUGCUUGAGCACAGAUUUCUCCUCCCAGAAAGGCGUCAAGGGAGUCCCUUUGAACCUCCAGAUAGACACUUAUGACUACAGUACUGGGACGAACCGGCUUAUUCACCGAGCUGUCUGCCAGAUCAAAAUAUUCUGUGAUAAGGUAGAGUGAAGCCUAUGGGAAAGAAGUUACAAUGUGAAGGACUUCCAAAAGACGUGAUGAGAAUAAGGGAUUAGAGAGCCAAUGCGGUGUGGUAUUAAGAGCAUUAAACUAGGGCAGGCAUCCCCAAACUUGGCCCUCCAGAUGUUUUGGGACUACAAUUCCCAUCAUCCUUGACCACUGGUCCUGUUAGGAGGGCCGAGUUUGGGGAUGCCUGAACUAGGGCUUGGGAGACCCGGGUUCAAAUCCCCUCACACUGGAUAGCCUUGGGCCAGUCACUUUCUCUCACAGAGCUUUUGUGAGGCUCAAACAGGAAGGAGAUAGCCUUGUAUGUCAUCUUGAACUCCCUGUGAUUGAGGCAGGAUAUAAAUGUAAGCAGUGCUUUUUUUCUGGAAGGACGCAGGGGUGCCCCUAAACAUUUUGUGAAUCUAAGUUUCGCCUCAUUGAGGGGCAGUAUUUCAAUAAGAGCAGGAAAAUGAGAGUACCCUUAAACAUCUUUUUAGAAAAAAAAGCACUGAAUGUAAGAAAGAAAGAAAUAAGCUUCUUAAACAAAGACAUGGCCUUUUAAGAGCAGCUUUGCAAGAGCUGAACCGUUAGCUGAAGAACUUGGCUCUGUGAAAGCUUUUAAAUGUGAAUAACCUAAACUGUGCAAGAGUUCACCUGUAAAUCAGUCAAGACUGGAAUUCACUGGUGAGCCUCCAGUUUUUAAAUGCUAGGAGGCGCAACAUAUAAUAAAAAUGUUCUAGGAGCUUAAUCUGAUUCAGUAUUAGCCCAGAGGUGACAUUCCACGUUCUGGAUCCUUUCAAUGAGGGCCAAACUAGAUGUGAUGUUAGUCGUGUGGGUGCAAUUGGGACAAAGGCUUAAAAAAGAAGUUAAUAUCGCCUGCAGGGAGGCCAAGCAGCAGGACUGCAGAAGGUGGGGAGACUCUUGACACUUACUGUGCUGCUGUGAUUCUGGCAAUAAUAACUCUUCUGAAGCCGCUACAUCACAAGGGAAGCCUCCAUUCUGCGAACAUUUUUUAAAAUGUGCAUGAUAAUUACAGGCACACACAUAUGUGCCACACGUGUUCAUACCGUUAACAUCACAUCUAGACUGGCCGUCAGACCGGUUCAGCUAGAUUGUUUCCUCACUGGUCGAACUUUCCAAAUUUGAGGUGAGAAAUAUGUGCAGGCCUGCAUUCUGCAUUUUUGGCCCCAGUUAUAGGCAGGGACCCAAACAACUACUUUGGGUUUCUCAAGGGUUUUUUAUUUUUUUGAACAGCAAUUUGACAUACACAACCCUGACCUUCUUCCAAAAGUCCUUUCAUUUAAAAAAAUGGCUUGCCAUGUGGGAUGAAGGGACUGCAGCUUGAGAACUACGACCCCAAAGACUCCCUGGGAACACAUAUCUGCCUGUGGAAUUACAGCAUCUCCUAUAAUUUUAGCUUCCCCUGUUUGAAACGGCUUCAUGGAUUACGAUCUUCUUUCUCUUUGGAGAUAAUGGUUCACGGUGUCUCUCUCCAAACUCCAAAAUGCCUGUUAAUUGCCAUCACAAAAUUAAUGCCACAUCUAGUUUGCCCCUAAGAUAAAUGCUUGCAUUUAAAUGGCAAGCUUCUAUUUUAAAUGGAAAGAGUGCUCUGUCUCUGCUCUUGCUUAUGCAGGCUGCCAUGCACAUAUAUUGCGCACACAUAUUCCAGCAUUGCUCUCCCCCCGACCCCCCCACAGCUCAGGGUAACUGAGAAAUGGAACCAAGGAAGCCCAGAGAAGGGGUUUCUUUGGUUCUCUGAAAGCAUCCUGUUGUGUUCUGCAGCACACAGUCAAUGGGCUGCAGUUUGGAACACAAUGUUUGGAGCAGGGGUGGGGAAGGUGGAGAAACCUGGCUUCUCUCCCUAGCCAUAAAUCACUAGGGGCAGGCAGGUAUAAUCUAGGGAGGACAGAUGCAAAAGAGGGCAGGGCCCCUGCACCUUUAAUACCUACAUCUGCUGAAAUCACCUGGGUUUUUAAAGAGUUGCUUUAAGCUGUCCUCUUUUUGCAUCUGGCUAUCCUAGGCAGGGUGGAUUUGAUUUAAAUCAAAUUGAUUUAAAUCACGAUUUAAAUCACUAGUCAGUAAGACUUGAUUUAAAUCUUUUUUUAUAGAAAGACUCAUUCUUGCUGGUAUAAUCUUAAUAUUCACAACCAGAUGAAGGUUUCAUUUUUUGGAAUAAUAAAUUUUCAGAGUAGCUUUUACAGUUAUAUCAAAAUUACUGAUUUGGUUAUACUAUUAGAAAUGCAUAGAGAGAUAAUUAUGAACUUAUUGUGAGGCUUAAUAAGUUAAUUGUUUAUAUUUGGACAACUUUUCUGCUGUACUUUAAUGGAAGGAGAAAAAUAAUCAUUUCCUUAAUAACAAUUUAAACAAUUUAUUUAGCUGAAACAGUAACAUUAUAGCGCAUGUAUCCAUGUUUGUUAACUGGUGUGGUUAAACAAUUAAAAACAACAACUUUAGACUGAGUUUUAGCACACAUGAAAAACUUAAAACAAAUCCUUCUUUCCUGAUGAAUAGCCUUUAGACUAUAGUGUAACUUAAAUAGAAAACUACAUUCAGAAAGAUUUUUCCUCCAAAAGCAUUUUAUUUUAAAAAUCCGAUUUAAAUUUUUAAAAAAUCUGAUUUAAAUUUUUAAAAAUCUGAUUAUUAUUUUUUAAAAAAAACACAUUGAUUUUUAUCCACCCUGAUCCUAGGUAAAUCUCUGAGAUGAAGGUGUACCUUUAUGAGUGUACCCAUUUACCCACAGUGGGUGCUCCCUUUUGAGACCAGUAGAGCAGAAGAUAGGGAGCAGGUAGAACCACAGCCAACAAGUUUUGGUUUUGUCCCUGUGCUUUUCCUGAGACUAAGGAGGAAGAAGCAGUCCUACCACUUAGAUUGGUUGCAAGAAGGCGGUCAGGUGCAGGCAGACUGCAUUUGUUGGGGCAAUGCUUCGGUUCCCCUAACGGAGCCACCUCAGCUGCCAUUUUCACUGGAAGCAACACCUGCCUCUCCCCCUGAAACUAGGCAGCGUUGCCUUUGCAAACAAGGAUCUCACCUGGAGGUGCAGUGUGUCUGGUGCACAGACUCCUGAGCAGAGCCAUAGCUAGGUGAUCUUGCGCCCCUGGCAGAACCGCCCAGAUUGCGCCCGCUAGCCACGGACAAAUUAGCUCUUCUUUCUGCCUCUCCUCCAGCCAGUUUUGUGCCCCUUGCCUUGCCUGCGCCCCUGGCGGGGGCCCACCUCACCACCCCCUCGCUGCGGCCUUGCUCCUGAGAUGGCGCAAUCUCCUCCCAAGUGACAGUAUUAUUAAUACCACGAAUGCUCAGGAGGCACGUGCUUCACAGCAACAUACAGGCAGCCAUCGUUUCAGACGCAUCAGAUACAUGCGCGGCCGUGCGUGCGUUGCACCAAACCCAGACGUGACCCAAAAACAUCACAAAAGCAUCACCGAAAGGGGCGUUUGCAGGCUUUCUCGAGGUGUUUCAAAUAGAUGCGAUUUCACUUAAACGUGUGGCACCUUGGAAUGUAAGCCGUGUUGUAAAUUGGGAGUUGCCUGUGCUGGUAAGUUUUCGGCUUCUCAUCUCUUUCAACUUCCCUUGCAGGGAGCAGAGAGGAAAAUGCGGGACGAUGAACGCAAGCAGUUCAGGAGGAAGGGAAAAUGCCUGGACGCCAAUAACAAUGGUGAGUGAGUGGAAGGGGGUGAGAAAGCUGGUGUGGGCCCUGUAUAUAUAAACGCUGCCUUCAGGGGAGGGUGUGUGAGGUCAUGUGCUGCCGGCAGAGUGCGCUUCGAAUGCAUGGUGCUCAGGAUGGCCCGGGGAGUGAGAUGCCUGGUGAUUAGGACCCUCAGCUGCAGAUAACCCGCUUCCCUCUGCUUGCCAGAGAAGCCUCUGCCGCAACAGUCCCUUGCCUUGGGGGGUUGUAAAGAGGAAGAAGGCAAGGGCAAUCUAGCCUUAGUCCCUGACCGGAGAAGGCUCAAGCACUGCAGGGAAAUUGCUCUGUCUUCAUCCCAGCAAAGAGCAGCUGGCGGGGCCAGCUCAGCCUGGCCCUAACUGGAUUUCAAGGGUUGUUUUUACAAACGCACCUCUUUCGUUUUUAUUUAUUUAUUUACUCAUGGGAUCUAUAUGCCCUGACACGUGCCCUCUGGGAAGCUUACAAAACAGUUCCACGUUCAAAACAGAAUUAACAGCAUGUCAAAUAAAAACAGCAAUAAAAACUACAGAAAAGUGGAAGAAGAGCAAACGAGUGUGGCAAGAUAAAAAUAGCAGCUGAAACCAGUGAUUGAGAUCCUUAAAAUACUACUAAAAGCUCCCGGCGGACUUUGCCUGGCGCCUAAAAAUUAGCAACGAACGUGCCUGGUGAACAUGCCUCAAGUCGAGAGUUUUGCAAUUUGGGCACCGCUGGAGAGAGGCUGUGGCUCAGUCGGAGAGCAUCUGCAUUGCACGUAAAAGGACACAGAUUUGAUCCCUGUCAUCCCAAAGUAGGGUUGGGGAAGACCCCUCCCUUGAAACCUGGAUAGCCACUGGCAGAAGGUGUCAAUAGUAUGCAGCCUAGGACUGUGUCUGAUCCACUGGCUCAACUACUUCAGUACUGAUGAGCCAUUGGUCUGACACAGGCAGAGGCUGCAUUCAUACAUUUAAUGUGCAUUUUAAAUACUUGGCUUCCUCCAAAGAAUCUUGGGAGCUGCAGUUUACUGCUCACAGAGCUACACUUCUAGCACCCUUCGCAAACUACAAUUCCCAUGAUUCUUUUUUUUGGGGGGUAUUUUGAAUGUUAUUCAGAUGUGCUGUGUGUAUGGAGCCAAAGACAGCUUCCAAAAAUGGGGAACCAAUGAGAAGAAGAUCUCAGUUGAAUGAGAUAUCUCUUCAUUUUGGCACUGUCAAGCUGAUCCCUAUCCUCUGGCUUCUACUCUCCCCCUCCACUCCCUUUCUCUUAUAAGUCUAGUCUCUGAGAUUGUAAGCUCGAAGGCAGGGCAGGUGUCUUCAUUUUGAUUUGUGUGUGGCACCUAAUUACUGUAGGCGCUCUAGAGGUUAUUAUUAUUAAUAAUAAGGUGAGACAGAAACUCUUAUGCCCUAUUCUGUACUUUUUUAUGUUCUUCAGACACAUCUAAUCAUUCUUGUAUGAAAAUUAGAUCAUGAAAAUUACAGAAACUUGCUUUCCAGAAACAGUGUCCAGGCCAUCUCUCAGUUAAAUAGUUCCCCAAAGGCUUUUUUUAUUAUUAUUUCAGAAAGCUCACUGUGUGUGUGUGUGCUGAUUGAUCAGAUUGUGUUAGUGUUGCAUGAAGUCUGAGACUUCUACUUUGGGUUUUUGUUUUGGCUUUGUUUUUUGUCUGUUUCUAUUGAUGGAAUUUGGUCUUUUCCAUUUGAAUUCUCUCCCCCCUCCAACCUCAGUGGUUUUUAAAAAACAAUUCUCAGCCACCUUGUGGGAUGUUUUUUGGGCAGAGAGUAAGGGCUGAUCAGUGAGUCAGUUUGGGUUUCUUUCAGCUUCUCAUUUUUCUAAUCUUAACUCCAGUUCUCUACCUUUCCACAUCAUUUUUUUUCAAGGCCUCAUGAAAAUUCACUGGAAAAUUUCUCUGAAUAUGUGGAUUUUUUGCAAAGCAACAUUCCCUACCAUAAUUCUUUCUUGUAUGUUGUCUUCACUAAUAUUACACAUUUUUAUACAAAUUUCACCCCAGUUAUAUGCAUUUCUGUGCACAUUAGUUGACUAUAGAGAACUGCAUUGCAAAAUUCGGAUAAGCGCAGAUUUUGAAGGAUGAGGAUGCUGCACUUUGAGUAUUUCCUUCGCUGCUUAGCUGCUUUUAACCAAAGGGAAAGACAUUGGGAGGGUGCUCAUACAUCCCCUCUGUCUUGUCCAAUCUUUCUCAACCAUGUGCCUUCCAGACAUUUUGGCCGGGGCUGAUGAGUGUGUGUUCCAAAGCAUCUGGAAGGCAAAAGAUUGGGGAAGGCUGGUCUUGUCCUAAUCUUGCAAACUUGACACAUUCAUUGCUUAGAAUCAUAGAACUGUAGAGUUGGAAGGGACCCUGAGGAUCAUCAAGUCAUGCAAUGCAGGAAUCUCAGCUAAAGCACCCAUGGCUUGGAUGAGUCUCCGCCACUCCCCUCCUUGAUGAGUCUCUAUAGCAACAAACAUGGUGGAAAACUAAGUUUCUCUUCUUCCUUCCAGGUCUGAAAAGCUGUUUGGUUUCGGGCUUCCGAGGCAACGAAAUCACGUAUCUCAAGCCACAGGCUGACUUGGAAACCCAGCCCGUCCUGUUUAUUCCAAACGUCCACUUUUCAAACCUCCAGAGAUGUGGAACGGUAAGUCCCCCUUACCAUAGUCAGCCCAUCCACGAGACACCAAGGAGAAGUGGCUGUGGCAACUUCUGGGUUCUGGAGAAAUCUUAUGAGAGCCAUGUGAGGCCUCCACGCGAUCUCAUGGGGCUCUCACGUGAUCUUGAGCUGUUAUCACACAAUCAUGCUGGAACCAGGAAGUCGCAAUCGUGUGACCCUGGUAAGCAGGACCAGCCGCACACAGCACGUGGGCAGGACAGCACCUUCCUGUUUCACCUCAGGCAGCAAAAUGGGACAGGCUGCCCCUGCCCCUUACAGCUCCCGCUGCAUGUUGCCUUCAAAUACCUCUUAAGGCAGUGAAGCACCCUGCUGCUACAGGAAUGGAAGGAAGCCACCAUUAAUGAUGCCAUUAUCUUAAUUUAUUUUAGGCAUCGAGACUCAAUUUUGGUUUAUUUCAAAGGAACCUUUCAACUGCAAGAGUAGGGAUUUGGGGAGAAGAGGCAUGCUGUUUUAAUUGGGGACGGGGAACCUGCGACCCUUCAAACCUUGUUGGGUUCCAGCUCCGAUCAUCCCUGGCCAUUGGCCAAUGUUGGCUGGGGCUGAUGGGAGUUGGAGUCCCACAACAUCUGGAAGGCCACAGAUUCCCAGCCUUGGUAUAAACGCUGCACUGUAAAUUUUGUGUGAAGCAAAAAAGAGAUACGGCAGUGCAAGGCCUUACAUUGAUUAAGGGCAGUUCUAACCCCCCCCCCGACUUCUGUUCUUUUUUAAAAGAAGAAGAAGAAGUAUUUCCCCUCUCCCUGGAAACCCUGGGAACUUAAUUGUGUAAUAGAGCUCCAUGACAGAACUUGUCAUGUCCUGAAAAUGCAAUUCCCAGCAUUCUGUGGGGGAAGCCAUAAAUGAUAAACUGGUUUAAAACUAAACCUAAGUUUGUAGUGUAGAUACCUGCUCACUGUCUGUCUAGGGAUACCUAGCAAGGAAAGUGCAGGCUUUGAGGAGGAAUUUAAAAGUCAAAAUUGAUUCAUAUAAAGAUGUGAGGAGAUUAGAGAGCAGGAGUGCAGAGUGUCUGGCCACAGAAGCACAAUUUAAGCAGGGGAGGGAGAGGAUUGAAAGGUCUACUCUCAGAUAGGUUCAUGAUUAAAUUGCAAAAGCAGGGUGCUGUGGUACUGUUCUAUUUUCUGGAUGUUGUUCUUAAACCUCACUGUAACCAUAACAACAUUAUAAAUACAAAGUCAGUUACCCCCGUUUUUUUAAGACAAGGAAUCAGUACCUUGGGCUUGCAUAACUAAUAAGUACACCCCAUUUAUCUUUUAAAUUAUCACAUAGGCUGGUAUUCAAUGCUAGUCCUACUCAGAGUAGACCCACUGAAGUUAAUAGAUGGGACUAACUUAGAUUCAUUACUUUCAGGGGAUCUACUCUGAGUAGGACUUGGGUGAAUACAACCCACAGAGUCUGAAGAAGAUUUCCUUCUGAGAGGCCACAAUGCUUUUGCCCCAAAAAGUUUGGGGCAUUUUUAAUCUCAAAGGACUAAAGCGUCUCUCUUUUCUUUUUUCCCAACAGGCAUUACCCACCGCUGGUGUUCCACAUGACUCUAGCAGGUACAAAAUAUGGAUUCAUCCCCCCUUUGGCUCACAUGUCCAAGAUAUUCUUGCAUAAUUAGUCAGCCCAUUGGCCCUAUUCCCACUUCCCAUUUUGAUUUUAUUUCUAUCCCAUCUUUCUCUGGGAGUCUUGUCAAGACCACAUAAGUAGGCCUCUGAUCCAGGCACUGACCAAACCCAGACCCAAUUAACCGCAGGAAGUUUGCUGUAUCAGCUGCUUUCAGCCCUGCAAAGUUGAUGUCUACCAGAUCUUGAGGUCCCUAAUGGAAUAAAUGCAGGAUAUAUAAAAGUGGUGAAAUAUAAUGUUGGUAGGACAUUAUCUGGAGCGAGAAUCCCAUUGAAACCAAAUGAACAGGAGCUAUGCUGAAGUGCUGUGAGACUGAGGGCAAGGAUAUAUAUGCUGGGUUGUGUCCAAACAAGUUCUACUCAAAGUAGACUCAUUGAAAUGGAUGAACCUAAGUUAGUAAUGUUAAUUAACUUCAGUAGGUCUACUCUGAGAAGGACUUGUACCAUGAACUCUGCCACAACCUAGCCUUCCACAAGGAAAUGGUUGGAGAUGCAGGAAGAAUGCUCAGCAUCAUCGGUGUCCUUACCUGUUGGGCAAUGUGAGGAAUUGGAUUUGGGGUAGCAGAGAAGGAGACCAGAGGGACCCUCUCCAUGGGGCACAAUCCACUAGGACAUUUUCUGCAUUGGCCCUGUGGAAAUGAAUGAAAGCUGUGUUUUUGUUUUUGUUCUUUAACAAUGCAUCAGUACUGACAUUUGAACCACUUGUUUCUGAAUGCUGGUGUCCAUCCUGGGAUCUUCUGAACUUUCAUUUUCCUCACUAAGGUUGCCUUUAAAGAGGAGCUGCCCUUCAUUUCCUGAUGAAUUUGACCCUUUAGCUUCAAAGCAAGCCAAAGAGGAAGACCCUCAACGAGGUAAUAUUGCUCUCAGAGAUUACGCACACACAUGCCCCCACACCCACCCCAAGCUAUAGACAAAGAAAUAACAACCUCAGGUGGAACAGAUGAGGAAAGAGCCUUGUGGGCUUACAAAAUGUGAGUGAAUAUACAGCAAGUGCCCAUGAAAAAUGGCGCUGAAGGCAAGGCCCAGAAAGGAGAUCUCAACUUGAGGAUCUUAUCAUGGGGCAACUUGGUGGGGUGAAGGACAACUAACUGGCACUUCCAAAGUCUCAGUAGACUGUGAGAAGAGGAGCUCUAUUUCUAAUACAGCUGUACACACAUUGACAUUUACCGUAUUUUUCCGUGGAUAACACGCCCCAUGUAUAAGACGACCCCUAUUUUGGAGGACUCCAAAUUAAGGAACUGAGGGGGCAAUUGCCCACAGUUGUUGAGCUUUUUUUGAGGGGUUGCCAAAAAACUCUCACCAAAGCCACCAAUCAUCCGCCAGCAGCCGCCAAUCACCCAUCCAGUUGCCGUAGCAGCAGCCAAUCGCCAGCAGGCAUUGCCUCACCCACCAAUCACCCACCUAAUCGCUGCUGACAAUCUCCUGCUCGUGGCUGCAACCAAUCUCCCGUCCCCCAUCUGCACUAUCCGUGAAUAGAAAAACAUCGUCUAAUACAUGGAAAAAUACGAUACUCUGACUCCAGCGUGCUCCCAACACUGGUGUUUGAAACUGGGUACACAUGACAUUACCCACAAUCCAUAUCUAUCCUGUAGUUUCUUGAGAAAUACUGCUGCUUGAUGCGAUUUCCCUCAAACCAGCUUCUAUCCAGUUUGAAAGCCUAAGCUGCAUUAACUGAGGUGUGUACAUUUGAGACAGCUAUUGUACCUGUGCAGAUGACAACACAUGCACAGAUAACAGCUUCACAGAAUAGGAGCUGGGGGGGGGGAGUUGCAAGUGUGGGGAAACCAAUCGGGUAAAUGUGCAUUGGGUGAAGGCAUCCACACCGAUUCUCUGGUGUGUAAAGCACCGUAUAAAUGCAACUUAAAACACAGUGUGUGGAACGGGGAGACAACCUCACUGCGUUUUAAGCCAGUAAUAUGUACAUAGCCUUAAUUUCAUAAGAAACGAUAGUAUAGAUAUAAAUUGUGGCUACCACUGUGUGUACAUCGCAUCCAGAAACAGUGGCGAGAGAGCACUGGAUGCAGAGUAAACAGGAGUAUAUAUGUAGCCUCUGCGUGGUUAGAAAUGACCAACUCUUGAAGGCUGAGCCGACAUGUGACAGCUGUCUGUUUCAUACAUUUCAGUCUUGCUCUACGUACGAAGAGAAUCUGAGGAGGUUUUUGAUGCUCUCAUGCUGAAGACGCCAGACCUCAAAGGCCUGAGGAAUGCUGUAAGUUCCCCCCCAUCUCCCCCCCCCCCCGGUCAUCUCCACUACAUAAAAUUUACUAGGCUACCUAAUGAAGUAAUAGUAAAUACUUUGGGGGGAGUUGUUGCCUUUAUAUCCCGCUUUUCCUGCAAAGAGCUCGAGGUGGCAUAAAUGGUUCUCCCCCUUCCCCAUUUUAUCGCCUCAACAACCUUGUGAGGUAGGUUAGGCUGAGAGACAGUGACUGGACCAAGGUCACCCAGUGAGCUUCAUGGCUGAGUGGGGAUUUUGAACCUUAGUCUCCUAGAUCCUAAUCCAACAUUUUAAACCCCUACACUACAUGACAUGCAGGGCCUUCUUCUGCAGAAUCUCCAUUGGAAGAGCUAAGAGGUCCCAGCAGGCCCAGUGAGGCUUGUGGAGAAGAUUUUGUGUUGCUCAAUAUAAGAAGGGCGUAAUGAGGCUUUUCUGCCUUGGUCAGUCAAAGGUCGUGGGCCAGCACUGAUGCCAGUAGUGUAGUGCAAUCACUUUUGGGGUGUUAUAUUUGAAUGCAUAUUGCAUAUUGGAUUACAAUAUGCCUGUUCUGACCUUGACCAGUAUGGGGGCUCUUUUACACAAUGCAGAAAGUUACAGCCAACUACAGCCCCCUGCCAAGUGCAUCUUUUUGUUGAUGUUGUUUUAAUGAUGAUGACUUUCAUAUUUCGCACUGUUAAACGCCCCUUCUCCAAUCAGUUUCCCAGGUGGAGAAAGUUUUUCUGCUCAGGCUUUUCUCCUCUACACCUCACUUCCUUUCCCUUGGGCUGGCUGGAAACUCUCUCUCACUCCCACCGCCCCCUCCCCGCUUCUCAGUGUUUGCAGAGCACACAAUGCAAAGCAUAUUUCUGUGAUGUCUAUCAGCACCAUUCCUGAUAACCCCAGCUCUUCUUUGCUGAGGUGGGGAAUAAAGCAAACAAUCGUCUGAAAUUAUCUGAUAGCCAUUUUUUAUGGCUGUGCUUGUGUGUGUGUGUGUGUGUUGGUUUUGCACACUUUUACAUUGGAAAAAAGCAAACAGCACUUUGGAGGGGGAAAAGAUCAAUUUACAGAACCGCCUUUGGGAAAGCAUCAGAAAAGGGAUUGCAGUAGAGAGGCUUGGGCUGCUCCCAAAUAAUUAUUUUCAUUUUAAUCUUAUCCUCAGAUUUAUAUACUGCUUUGCUACCAAAGCUAUUGAAACAGUGUACAAUAAAAUAAAAACGCAAAAGAUUACAAGCUCAGUAGGUCAGGGAUCCCAGCAUUGCCUGUAGUGGUUCCCUUUAUUGCUAGAACAUUAUCCACUGGGGGGAUGCCUCUGGUAGGGUAUUGACAGAAUAUUAUUUUUCUCCUCCAGAUUUCAGAAAAAUACGGUCUGCCUGAAGAAAGCAUCUAUAAAGUCUAUAAAAAAUGCAAGCGAGGGUAAGUGAUGGCCCAUCCAUGUUUACUUUGGUUUGCUCCACUCUGGUUUGCUCCACUCUGUGACUUUCUGCACUGUAACAUAGACAGUAGGUGCUGUACUAGAAAACAGGCAAGACAUGGGAGUAGUCCUUGAGUAUGCAGGCUUUAGAAACCAACAGAACUCCUUACCAGCCUCCAGUGCUGUUGUGCUACUGGUUCUGAGGAAGAGUUCUGUGCACCUCCAUGAAGAACAUAAGUCCAUGCUGCAUCAGACUAAUGACCUAUCUAAAUCCAGGACCCAGAUUCCCACAGUGGCAAACUCAUGCAGGUAACUGCUGUCUCCUGCUGCUGUUCCAUGGUAACUAGCAUUCAUCCUCUAGGUAUCAAAGAGCCAUCAUGAUGACUAUAGCUGUAGCUAUAGUAUAGCAGGCUUUUGUCCCUAGAGAAAUAUUAUCCAAUAAAGGUCAGGGCUGUUUUGAGCAUGGUGGCAGGUGGUGCUUUUGUCCAUGACCAAAACCUGAUAGAUCAUCACUGGCCGUUUUUUAGUUGGGGGUGGAUGUGCAAGACCCUUCUUUUAUCUGUAUAGUUGUGUUCUUUGAAUUUCAUUGGUUAUAGCCACCUGUCCGGAAUGUUUCCAUUGUGAUUCCUGCAUUGCAAUGGGUUGGGCUGGAUGAUCCUUGGGGUCACUUCCAACUCUACAAUUCUAUGAUUUCUGCAUUUGUUUUAAUUGAUUUUGAUGAAAGUCACUUUGGGUCACUUUUGUGAGGAGAGUCAUCAUUUAGGGAGGGAAGUAAUUUUGGCCCAGAUCAGAUUGCCUAAAGGAAGGUUGGGGAUACAUUAUUAUUAUUAUUAUUAUUAUUAUUAUUAUUAUUAUUAUCCUGUCUUUCCCCAAAAACUGGGACUCAAUGUGGCUUAUAAAAACUAAAACAAACACGGAUAAAACACAGAAAGCUAAAAACAUAUAAAAGAUGAUAGUUUCAAUGUAAUUCACUAUAAUAGAAUUAAAACAAUGUAAAACAAAUCUAUAAAAUCUAGUAAACAAAGCGAGUAAAAACAACACAACACAGCAUGAAUGAAAGCCCUUUCCUUGAAAGCGACUGCUUCCCAGAGCCCUGCAGGAAUAGCAGUGGAAGAACAAUAAGGGAAGAGCCAGUCUAGCUUCUCUGGGAAGAGAGUUUCAAAGUAUGGGAAUGGCCACCAAAAAAGGUCCUCUUCCACAUUCCCACCAUGUUGCCACUCAGGCCCCGCUCUGGCCCUCAGUACUCUUCCCCAGGCCAAGCCCUCAGAAGCCCUGCCCAACACCUUCCUAGAGUGCUUUUGCCUGGCUGAGAAGUAUCAUGGAACCGGGAUAUAAUGCCUCUUGCUUGACUGAAUGGAGAAUUGGGUGGUGGUGGGUAGAAACUACUGGCUUUUGCAUAGCUGGUAUGUAGCCUAGGGUCAGAGGUAAGAGUGACAUCUGCUGCCCCACCCACUUUGACUCUUGCCCUACCCACUUUUUGUUCUGCCCAUGGUUGGCCAACAAAGGAAUGCAGCCCUCAGGCUGAAACAGGUUCCUGAUUCUUGGGAGCCCUUGGAAAAAGCCAGAUGCAGAAGGUCUACCCAUGUCUGUGGGGCGUACAAGGCCUAGCAAUUCUGUUGGCUUCUCAGUAGUAAGGCCAGAUUAUCCUAUGGAAAAGGAAUUACCAAGAAGUGUGUGUAUAUGUACACAAGUGGAAUAACCUGGCUAAUUUGUUGGGUAUUUUGUUAUCUCCCAAGGUAGUUGCCUGAGGUCUCAACAGGUUUAGCUUAUCUCAAUCACCAGGGCACCAGUGUUUGUUUCUCAAAGCUAGCAGGGUCAGAGUAACCCUCUGACUCCUAGUGGCAGAUGACACUGGAACAAUGCAGUCUUGGAUGGAAAGUGUGUGUCUGUGUGUGAGCCCACCAGGGGGACUAAUUUUGGUACAGAUACAGCACUUAGUUGUUUUAGAUGCUAUCACCCAAGCCAGAGCACCUGAAGCUCAAAUUCAAUGGACUUGCCUGCAGUCAGGGACAUUAAACUUUGUAAGAUCUAAUACUGUGACUUUUUGGCUAAAACAGAAAACCAUUAGCCAAAUAUGGGGGCAAAAUGAGGCUAAUCUUCACCUAGGUCGAAGAUCCAGUUUGGCGCCCCCCUCCCAAUACGCAUUUGCAUACACACACACACACACAGGCUGGCAGCCCCAGUGGCUCUCCUCUAGAGGCUUCACCCGGGGCAAAAAACCUGGCUAGCCCCCACAUAGCUAUAGCUCUGCCAAACAGCUGGCCUAUACGUUGUUACACUCAUCACUAGGAUCAAUGCCUCCACAAUGAGUUUGCGUAUAAUUUGAGCACCUCUUGCCUCUUAAUUUGCGGGUGCCGGAUACCCCACUCCACCUCAACUUGUAGCUACCAGCAGAGAUGGAACAAUUAGCUUAAUCAAUGUGACCUUGGGGGAGAUGUGAGGACUGUCUUGCCUUGCGCCCCAGCUUUCUGCCUCAAGCCCCAUUGGAGGAUUUUGGGCACUGUAGUUUACCCCUCACAAAGUUACCAUUCCCAGCAAGCCUUAACAAACAACAAUGUUGGCUUAAUCGAACAAUGUUGGAUUUCUGGAUGUUAACUAUGAACCCUGGUUUUGAUGUAUUAAUUUACUCUGUUUGUGGGCGGGGCAGAGAGAGAGCUACAAAAUGCAGGCUUCACCCUACAAAAAGAUUACACAACCUUACAGAUGGUUUGGAGGGGAUCCCUGAUUUUUUUGGGGUUCAUAGUUAAUGAAGCCAACAGUGUUGAUAACUUAUAUGAUGGGGUGGAGGAAUACGCUUUGAAUGUGCCUUAAAGUUAUAGCUGUCUAUGCAGCCUUAGGUAACCGAUUUCUGUUUGGGGCCUAGCAAUCUCUACCUAACUCUUCCCCCCAGGCUGAACAAUAGAGCAGCUUCCCUGCUGGGCUUAAGGAUCUUUUGCAUUCCACCUUGCCAUUUGAGUCUGGGAGAAGACAAAAGAAAUAGAUGGGGGGGGGGCUAGACUGUUGCUAAUCUUUUUUUGCUCUUGCCCACCUGCCCAUGUUGUAAGACAAGGAGCAAGUUUAGCAUGUUUGUCAUGGGGCGGCUGACCCUUCCUUCCCCUUUCUCCUAAUCUUGUUGUGUCUGGAAAACUGCAGCUCUUUCUAGCCCAUGGUAGGGACAGGAGAGUUCUGUUGCUGUUGCCCCUUGGGGUUUUGUAGGGAAAAUAGCUUUGUUAUUUUUGCAUGGUGCUGCACUUAAAGUUUCCUCGUGGCACCAGACCCUGGUUUCCAGAGAAGUAGAUUCUAUGGUCCUUGGUUGCAGCAAAAACAACACAGUCUUAAAGUCUAAUGUUUUUUUAUUAUUGUAUAAACUUUGAUGGGCAAUAUGUGUAAAUCUUUGUAUACUGGAGUCCACUUCAUCAGAUGCAUGGAGUACAUAGCUACAUAUACACACACACACACAGAGAGAGAGAGAGAGAGAGAGAGAGAGAGAGAGAGAAAGUUAGUUGUGAAGUAGUCAGGGGGGGAAAUGUAAGAAAUUCAGAGUGAUCACUGUUUUAAAAUUUACUUGUAUAUAAAAUUAUUACCGAGACCAUUCACAGUGCUGUGUUGAUGAUGGUAUGUACACACCAUACAUUUCAAGCACAUACACACAUACACACAAAUCCUGGGAACUGCGGUUCACUCUUUAAAGAACUACAGUUCCUCAUACCUGUAACAAACCAUAGCUCCAAUGAUUCUUUGGGGAGAGGAUGUUACUUGAUGUAAAUGUUUUAAUUGUUAUAAUGCUUGUGGGAUUGCUGGACUGGGCACCUUUGGAAGGAAGGACAGGGUAUAAAAUUAAUAAAUAAAAGUGAACAUGUAGUGAACAUUCAUCCUGAUUAGACGAUGUUGCAUCCAGCAAGUGUAAUCCCACACUUUCCUGUGCAUUUUCAGGAAAUGGUUUGGUUAUACAAGAAAUUCCAAUUAAUUUAAUCCUGAAAAUAGUGACCGUCUGAAAGCACCCUCUGGGUGACAUCAACUCUCCCAAAUCUCAUGCAGAGGUUUUAUUGGCCCUGUGGUCUGAUACCCUUCUGGGUGGAGAUGCCAGGGAUUGAACCUGGAACAUUGUACCAUCUGAAAUGAUACAAUCUAAUAAGGACUAUACCAUGCAUCAUUUCUCCCUGUUUGGGUUGUCUUGGAUGAGUCCUAUACUUCAUGAGGAAAUAACAGAGUUCCUAGCUUUAUGUUUGCCUCCUAAUACUAAUGCGUGCAAGUAGCCUUACUUUGGAUUCUUGAAGACAGAACAGUCUUUCCUCACCUGCUGAUUAUCCUUUCUUGGCUGGUCCCUCCACAUCAGUUAAUGGGCAAACAUGUGUUUGUGAAAUCACAUGUUUGUUGGAAUUAGGUGAAGUUCCAAGCGUAGAGCCCAAAGAGAGGUUUGAGUUUACCUCUUAGCAAUUCUGUGCUCUGAAUAGAAAUGAGCAAGCUCAGCAAACACAACAGAGACUGGUGUUAAAGGUCUUUCACUUACAAACAAGCUCAUUAUCCAAAUUGCUGUGCAAUUAACUGAAUGCAAAGUCACAAGUUUAUAAAUGAAACCACCAAACCCUGACCUGGUCAGCAGCAAACUGAAAUGGAAAAAGACCAGCACUCUUGCAUGAGAUCCCUGGACAACUAACUGCAGCUUUGUGACAGCAGGAAGAUUCAGUACUUCCAACUUGCCCUUGAAAAAUCUGCUGCCCCCACCAUCAUGUCUUCAUGAAAUGACUCCUCCCUCGCUCUAAUAAUCCCAAUCAAGGAAGAGCUAAUAUGGCAUGAUAGCUCGGAAUGAGUUGGCAAGUCCUUGGUCCAAGUGGCCAGAACCUGGGAAGCUACUGAUGACAAGAGACUCAGGUUGCAUACACAGCACACAUGCAAAGCACAUUGGCCUGGCUCACAGAUAAUGCUAAGCCAUUGUUAGUUUAGGCAAAGUUUGGUGUGUUUCGGCAUCUGGAAACUAGCUCAGCAGACUAACCAUGGUUUAUUUCCUGGCAACAAACCAUGAUGUGAAGCCAUAGUUCGUUGAUGACACAUGGCUUGUUUUAACUAUGGUUUGGUAUUCUGUCUGAAGCCAGCAGCCUUGUUUAACCAUGGUGUGUUUGGCCGCCCCUUUACCAAGCUACAGAGGCAUGAAGCAGGAAAGCAACUCAAGCUUUGUCGAAAUGAGCCAUGGCUUGUUUGCUCACCUGUGAGAUGGCUCGCGGUUUGUUGAACAAACCUUGGCUAAACCAAACCAAAACUUAGCACUAUGUUAGAAAGGCCACUUAUUAAUAUUGUAUCGUUCCUUCCCAGUUAAGCUUCAGUUUAUUAUAAUCACUGUCAUUGAUCACAUUGGCAUUUUGGAUGGUGAGCUGGUGUGUGGGUGUGUCAGUCACCCCACCUUAUCCUCCCAGCAAGCCUGUGAGGUAGGUUAGGCAAGCACAGCUGGCCCAAAGUCAUUCGAAGAGUUUCAUGGCUGAGCAGGGGUUAGAACUUGGGCCUCCAACAGCCUGUCUCUUGCUUCAGAUUGGCUCCCAACCAGUGGAAGUUUGCUGCCCUUGUUCCCACAGUUGUUGCCGCACUGCAUCAAGCUUGGACCUAGAUUGAUGGUGGCGCUAGAAGGGAAGCUACUGUAGCCCCUACUGUAGCCCCUUAAAAAAAAGCACCUGUAUGAGCUGGCUGAGGGAAGCCUUUCAUCCUGUCAAAGGAGGGUUAUCUGACUGACGUGGGUUGGCUUCAUCUGCAGAACAGGCAAAGAGGCCCUCCAGUUUUGGAGGGGCAGGUUUUAAUUCCAUGGGAAUGAGCUAGCUGAGGUUUUCCAGAGCGGCUUCUGAAAGAAGCAGCUGUGUCUCUGAACCGCCCCAGGUCCUCCGCAAACCGCAGCCCUUCUCCCCUUGCCUGACAGGUGAGGAACAUCUCCUCCAUUGCCAGACUUUCUCUCCUCUGUUUCCUUGAAGGCCUCCUUGUGAGUGAGAUACAAUCGAGUAUCCCAGGUUCUCCCCCGCACCUCCCAAUCAAUGCUUGGCAGAUGAGCUCAUUGCUUUCGUUGGACCCAGUCCAGGGCUUGGGCUGAAAAGAGAGGCAAAGCGGCAGAGUUGCCGAGCACUGGAGGGUGUGCCUGAUGCAGCCCACAGCUGAGCAGGGCUUUGGAGAAGGGAAAGGAGGCCCUCGGUAGGUUGUGGGUGGUGAUGAGAGCAUCAGGCUAGAGAGAGAAUAAGGCCAACGUACAUAACUCACCAAGCAUGACUAAUCGGCCACAAUUGUGGCCUGCCAGUUGUUUGAAAAAACAAGAAAACUGGUAAGGCACCUGUAAAGGGAAAAGAAGUGGCUCAUUUACUCAGUUGAGACUACUUAAAAUGUAUUCCUGAAGGCAGCUGGAUGUUGGAGGGUUCCAGAUGGACCCAGGAUAGGACUUCUUCACACAGCACAGAAUUAAACUAUGGGAUUUUCUCCCUGAAGAGGUAGUGAUGGCCGCUAACUUGGAUGGCUUUAAAAGAUGGUUAGGCAAAUUAUGGAGGACAAGGCUAUAUGUUCUGCCUCCACUGUCAAGAGGCAAAAUACCCCAAAAUACAAGUUGUGGCAGUUGCAGGUGAGAAGAAUGCUGUUGUGCUCAGGUUCUGCAUGUUAAGACUUCCCAUGGGCUGGUCACUGUGAGAACAGAAAGCUGGGCUACGUGGGCCUUUAGCAUGAUCCAGCAGACCCUUCUUAUGAUUAUUCCAAAACAGGUUGGGGCUGCCUGCUGGGCUGCUAUAUGUGGCUGGCAGGCCAGUGGUGGGUGGAGCCCCUUGAGACCAGUAGGGUAGAAGAUAGUGGACCCAAACAGUAAGUGAAGCCAGAGCCAAUGGCAGGUGAUGCUGACUAAUUCUUGUCUCCCCUGCCCUUCUGUGUUGAGUUCUUGCAGUCAGUGUAGCCUUUAUAGGAGGAAGAAGCCAGCAACCAAUGCAACCCCAGGGACUGGUUAUACCUAAGGAGGUAGACUGGUGAGGGCUGGCCAAGGGCAUGCUGAGCUUGGUGGGGCAGUAGCACAUCAACCCUAAUAGAUCAGCCUCCACUGGGCCUGGCAAACUGCAUCAGACCUAAUGGGUAGUAAGCUGUUCAAGUCUGGGGUGAACACCAGUUCAGGAAGUAUCUUAAAGUGCUCUCCAGUGUGAUGCUUUGGUGUGGCUGGCUAGAUGCUACUCUUUGCUGUGCCAGACAAGGCGCACAGACACCAGGUGGCUUAUGGGAGCCAGGCAUGAGCACAGAGCACACCUGACUCUCAGACCAUUCCACCUGGAAGCUCCCUCUUUUGUAGCACAUAACCCAGACAUCUUUCCUCAGGGGAGCAAUUUUGUGCUUUGGAAAGAGCAAGAGCGGUGAAAUUUAUUAGGGGUCGUUAUAUCUAAGCUUUUAAUGUUGAAUGAAGAGAGUCUCCGGGGUUUGUUUUUUGUUUUUUCUAAAAAAACAAAAACUCCAAAACCACCAGGUACAACAUGAGAAAACCCUCUAAUUCUUCCACAGUUACUUGUCCAUAUAAAAUGCCUCUCUCUGUGCACUACAAGGAGAGAGAGAGAACUGGUUGCAGUUGAGAAAUGUAAAAUAUGACAAUAAUCUAUCCAGUUCCGACUUUAUGGGCCUGGGAUUUUCCCCCUUGUAUCUGAGGCUGGCUGACAUUCCUUGAAUUGUAGCUUGAAGGGUGUGUAUGCUCUAUGAUUACAAUGACUUGUUCCUGGUAGGUAAGAGUUAAACCACAUGAUACAUGGGAGAUCUGUGAUCAAUUUCCCAGAUUUAUGUUUACUCAAAUAGAGUUGCACAGGGCUGCCAAUUUGAUUGGAGCAAAGGUCCUGGGGCUGUGCGCAUAAGUGCAUAGCCCUCUCCCCUCCCAUACUAUAUGUGCAGGGGGACUGUACUCUCACCACCAGCACUGCACAGAGUAGCUGGGAUGGGUAUGGGUUUAAUUGGAGAAAAAUAGCACAAGGGGAAAGGUUAAAAACUCCACCUCUAAGCACUGGUGCUAGCUACAAUCAGAUUCAAAGCCCACCACGGUCUCUUCCCAUUUCAAUAAAAAAUAAAGCCAAGAGAUUAAUUAUCAGAUCUCCUUUAUAAUGCUGGUUAGGCAGUAAAUGGGUUUUAAGCCUCAAAGUCCAUAAAUCAAACUUUCAUUCAUGAAAUUAUCAUUGGUCUUAAACAAGACACUUGUGUACUUAGAAAACAUUGUACAACUAGCUUUUAUUUUGUGCUUUAUUAUUAUAUGAUCAAGUGAUUUGAUGUACUGUGCUUGUCAUGGACCUACCAAUGAGAAAGCUCAACAAGAACUUUAUAUAGUCACACACACACCCCAAGAAUCCUAGGAACUGUAGUUUACCUGUCACACAGCUGCAAUCCCUGGCACCCUCAAAAGACUACAGUUCUCAGGAUUCUUUGGGCAUAGAACUAUGCUUUAAAUGUGCAGUGUGGAUGUGAUUACUGGCCUCUCCAACCAGAACAGAGCAGAAAGUGGAAGCAAGUCACUCCACUAUCCAUAUUGUAGUUAAAGAGCAUUUGUCAUUUGAUAGGAUACAAGCAAGUGUACAUAUGCCAUUGGAGAGGCCAUCCUCUUCACCCCCUGCCCUCAACAGAUGCUUAGUUAAGCUUGCCCUAGAGGGUGGGGUGGGAAUUCAUUUCUCCUUUCAAAAUGGCAGUCAGCCCCCUAAGAGAGAAGUACUAUGGCUCUCCGGCAAAGAACAUUGUUUUGAUCUUAUAGUGCAAUUCUCCACCUCACAAAAUUGCAAGAUUUUCCCAUCUUUGAGGGACUUCCGAUGGGGAGUUGUUGAAGGAUUGGUUGUUGAGCUGAGCCUCUCUGUUCUGCUUCUUUUCCAGAAUCCUGGUGAAUAUGGACAACAACAUAAUUCAACACUACAGCAACCACAUGGCCUUUUUACUUGACGUAGUUGAAGCAGAGGACAAGUUCCAGGUGACCCUCAAGGAGCUCUAAGGACUCAAAAAGGCUACACUUCUGCUGGGAGGCCGCUUGUGAAGCUGUGUUCGAUCCACCAGCAAACCACCCCAUAGUCAAAACCAUCGGCUCAAAGCAUUUAACUUGAACACCAUCCCUUUUGGAGGGAGGGAGCAAGAGAGAGACAGAACCUAGGCUCCACAUGUGAAGAUUGCUUUGAAGAUCCAUUCUCAGUGUGAAUGUGGAACUUCUGUCCGUUGAGGAGUUGCUGUUGUUGUUUUAUACUUUAUUUUUAUUAUGAUCCUCUGCCAGGCAAUCAAUACUGAGCUUUGUUACUUUUCCGCACUUAGGGAAGCACCAACUUCUUUCAGGCAGGGGAACGACCCGGUGCCUGUCUUGGCCUCUCUGAACUGCCAAACUAGCAAACAAGAGACUGUCACAAUUGCAUUUGGAUAUUACCAAAUAUGCCUACACACAAGCACACACAUAACCUUACAUUUUCUCACUGCCUUACUACUUGCCCUUAUAACCCUGGAUGUAAAUACCUGCAAGAGAAGUACCUGGCCAGAGUGACCGUUUUAUACAUUUCUGAUUCCAUUUGUUAUUUUAUAAAUAUAUAUAUAAUAAUUAUAAUAAUAAUAUCUAUCUCUCUUUCUGUGUGUAUAUGUAUAAAUAGUAUCUUGUUUUAUACUGAACUUGACAAUGGAGGAAGGUAGAGCAUUUCAAAACCAGGCUGCUUCAUAAUUCCCCAGGGUUGUUGUCUUUGUUUGUUUUGUUUUUUUCUGUUCAUUUUUGUAAAAAAAAGUAAAAAAAAAGUGUAUGUUGUUAUUAUGGUAAUAAAGAUUCAAAGACUGAAAGCAAGCUUGGGACAGCCUAAGUAGUGAAUAGGGAUGGGUUUUUCAUUUCUUCAGGGGCAUUUUGGAAGUGGGGCAACAAGGAGACCUUGGCUGCUGAGUCUUGCUUCCAGCAAAAAUGCAGCUUUGAUAACAUUCCAUAGACUGACAAUGUGCCUAAGCCAGGCCUCUCUUAGGAAGCAGCUUCUGUCCUUUGCAGAAACAGAAGUUGCACCAAGCUGGAGGUGAUAGGAGGAGAGCUUCUCAAGGGAGA